CGGGGCUAAAGAUAGAUUCAGCCAAUAGCGGCCAUUGCCCUAGACCCACGCGGAGUUAGUUCGGCUUCCGGUUAUCUCCAGUGCGAUUUUAUCUCCGCCGCCAUGACGUCGACCACUCCGUCAUAUAUAAGAACUAGCACUCCCUUCGUUUUAAAAUGUUUAUAUAAAAUAAGUUAUUAUUAUCUUUACUCUCAUACACCAUGGCUUCGAAGCAAAUUCUCUACGAUCAGUUCUUCGAGACCCCACCAUACCCCACAGCAUCAUUCACCGACAAGACCGUUAUCGUGACAGGCUCCAAUGUCGGACUUGGUUUUGAAGCAGUCAGGCAUUUCCUCCGUCUAGACGCUGCCAAGGUCAUCCUUGCCGUUCGAAACGUUGCAGCUGGAACUGAAGCAAAGAAUACCCUGGAAGAAUCAACCGGUCGGCAAGGACGAUGCGAAGUCUGGGAACUUGACCUUGCCUCGUUUGAUUCAGUCAAGAAAUUUGCGGCACGGGCAGCAACUCUCCCUCGAUUAGAUGUUGUUGUUGAGAAUGCUGGUAUCGCCACAGAUAAAUAUUCUACUGCUGAAGGGCACGAGCGGACGAUUACUGUCAACGUGAUCAGCACCAUUCUCCUUGCCUUACUGCUACUUCCCAAGUUGAAGGAAACUGCAAAACAAACCCCACUAUCACCACCUCGCCUCUCCAUCGUGACAAGUGAAGUCCACGCCUUUUCAAACCUUCCCGAAUGGAAAACCGAAAAUACAUUCGCCACCCUCGACGAUGAGAAAACAGCCAUCAUGGGCAGCCGAUACCACGUAUCAAAGUUGCUGGAAGUUCUUGUCGUGCGGGAAAUAGCACCAAAGCUCGCUGACUCAGGUGUCAUCCUCAACAUGCUGAACCCGGGAUUCUGCCAUUCAUCAUUGCAGCGCGACCUCGAAGGAGGAUGGCUGUUUAAUACGACAUUGAGAUUUAUCAAAGGGAUUGUUGCGCGCACAACGGAAGUGGGAAGCCGCUGUCUAGUUGCUUCUGCUGCUGCUGGUCCAGAGACUCAUGGGGCAUACAUGUCGAAUGGCCGAGAGGCGAAUGCGAUGUUGUCUCCGUUUGUACGGAGUGAGGAGGGUGAAAAGGCACAGAAGAAAGUGUGGAAGGAGUUGAGUGAGAUCCUGGAGAAUAUUGAGCCUGGUAUUACUUCUUUUUAAGGGUUGGGUGGUUUCCUUUUGCUCAUUGAUCUUCGCUAUACCACAUAAUGUAGUUUUAACUGAUGAGAUUCUUAUUGUCUAAUGCAUGAGCCAUUUUAACAAAGUUUGAAGGCGAAUUAAGGUAUCCUAAUCAUCUGCCUGAUCACAGUCACCUUCAUA